AAAAUAAUACAAUUCUUUCCAACAAGACUGUAUAUCCAAAAACGCAAAAAUAAAUUUACUUUCAAAAAUUUUUAUUUUGAAAAAAAAAACAUGAAAUAAAAGUUUUUUUGUAACAUAUGAAAUAUAUAUUUUGAUUGGACGCCAACCAGAGAAAUACAUUUUACCGAGGCAUAUUGUUCCACUUGGAUUGAAAAGCGGAAAAAUAAAAUCAGGAAAAAAUAAAAUUAUGGUAAGAAGAAGAAGAAAAAAAAUUUUAGUUCUCGAGAGAAUAAUCAUAUUUGUCAAAUUUUGAAGAAAAAAAAAUUAAACGCGAUCAGGAGGAAAUUUUUGAUUCAUUAUCAUUUUUUUAAAUGUUCGAUACAGAAUGUCACGAAGAAGCUAACGUAGCAGGGGUCCAGGAUAAGAAGCUUCUCGAAGGCGAAAAUUCCAAGGAGAAGGAUACUCUCGACGAUAUAGUCAAAGGUGAAAUCACCGCCGACAAAAUUGUAGGGGAUGACGCCGAAAACCCUUUCAAACUUUCGGAAUCCUACGUUUGCGCCGAGGAGGUGUAUCUCUGGCUUGACGGCCACUGGGAGGAGUUCGAGGACUACUUCCUCAAGAGAGCCGACCUCAGUCUCAUAAACAAAUGGCUCAAUUUUCACGGUUACAAAAACUUCCAAGAUUACGUGUGGGCCAGCCGUAAAUCCCAGUCCGGAUCCUCAUCCCAUUCCUCCUUCUCGUCGGGUAAUUCCUUACCCAUGAAUUCGUCGUCUUCGUCCUCCUCUUCGACAUCUUCCAAUUAUUCUUAUUGUCACGUGUGCGGCGGCCCUUCUUCUCGCCGAUCCUCUUCCGUCGUGUUGAGACGCGAUUCCGGGAGAAAUUCUAUAUGCGAUAUUCCGCCCUUCGGUAACGCCACUCAUCAUCGAUACAGUAUCGUAUCGAUGGAACCUUGCAUAAGGGAGGAUGUCACGGAAGAAUUUACGAGGGACGAAGAUAAUGUUUGGAGGCGGGAAUCCCUGAAUAAUCUCGGCAAGAAUUUUGCUACUCGUAAGGUCUCGUAUGAUGGGAAAGGUGUCCCGAGUUGCCAGAAGAUACCCUGUUCAAGAAACAGGAGACAUUCCGCCGUGGUCGAGACCAAGAAUAUGGCGGAAAUUAUGAAGAUAAGCGAAAAUAUUCGUCACGGGAGGAAUACCAUAUCGCGGAGACUUAGAGAUACAAGUAAUGACGCGUAUAAUAAUUCGAAAAAUAAGGAUAUUCCCGAAGGAAAUGAUGAUAUCUCCCCGCCCAUAAACAGCGAUACGGGCCACGAUAAAACGAGCGAACUUAUAAAAAAUCGGCGCAAAGAUAAUUUGUCAACCUAUAACGACGCAUCUAAGAUCGGAUUAUCGUAUCCCCGUAACCAAAGAGAAGUGCCGCAUCUUCCAGCUGUUUCCGGCGCAAAAGAUCUUCCAUUCCCUGACAAAGAUUCCGACAUGCAAGGGAUGGCACCAAUCGAUUCCAUUACCGAUUAUAUAAAUGUUACGAAUAAUAAUUCUUCCUCCUCCUCUGACACCAACAAAGAUUUAAUCAUUUAUAAAGUUAAGGCCUCCCACCUCAAUUUAGUCAAAAGUAGUACUAAAAAUAAAGAAAAAAUUCCUGUACUGAUAGACACCGGCGUGCCACCAUCUUCCAAUUUAGCAGCAACUAACCCCUCACCAACAAAUUUUUCUCUCCCUUUUAAGGAUAGAAUCGAAUCCAACAUUCGUCGCGACAUUCCGUUUCUGCCAAAAUCUUACAGCGAAACAGAUUUACCGAGAUGUGAGGACGUCGAAACUAAACAUAAACUCAUAUUGACAACAUUAUCUAUAGAUUCUUUACUGAAGCUCCAGCACAAUUCCUUCAAAGCAUUCCCGCCCGAUAACGGGGAACCUAAUUUUAAAGACGUUAUGACGAUGCGAGCCAUAGAGAGUAGCAUGAUGAAAAACAAUACCCUAUUCAAUUCGCUAUUCAAUACGUUCCAAAUUUUGGACAUUUCCAAUCUCACCAUGACUAUAUUGAUGAACGCGACCAUUCUAACGGAGGCGAAGGUAGCUCGGCUAUACCUGUGCAAAGAAAAACUGAUCUCGCUCGGCGCAUCGCUUCUCAAAAAGGGCUUCGAACCGGAAGUCAAAUCCACUCAUCCAUCAGAACUGAUAGCAAAUCUCGCACUCAAAUCUUCGGGCGAUCAUUUUUAUCUGAAGGCUCAAUUCGAAUGCGGAAGCGGUAACGAUACCAACAUGGGCGAUUCGCAACCUAGUCACAACCAGAACGAGACCACCAUAUUUAAGGACGACUUCAAGCUAAAAUUCGAUGAGGAUGCGGAUAGCCUAAUAAAAGAAUGUUUCUCCACGGGGAAAAUAUUUAAUUUAAAGAACCCUACCAAGAAUGCCUUGUACAAUCCUCAAAUCGACGGUCUGACAGAAUAUAUCCAUGAAAGCGACAGUGAGAAUGCUAAAAUAGUGUCAAUGCUUCUCGUGCCUAUGAUGCAUAAUGUUCACGGUAACAAUGAAAUCGUGGGCGUCAUACAAGUGAUGAAUAAGGGUAUCAUGAUUGACAAGGACGUUUAUCAAAAUAAAGUUCGUAAACACGCGGCGAAAGCUGGCCACGCAAAUCAGUUUUUCGAUAUUGAGGAUGAAAUAAUACUCUCAAAAUAUGCCAAUCUUUGUACCAUAACAUUCAAAAAUGCUAAACUCCUGGAGACAUCGCGAAAGGAAUUCGAUAGAAACAAGGCAUUUUUGGAGUUGCUACAUGAUCUGUACGAAGAACAACUAAAUUUAGAAAGAGGAAUAAUGAAAAUAAUGAAGAGGGUUUUGUGGAUGCUGAAAUGCGAAAAAUGCAAAGUGGUCAUUCAAGCCAAGGAUAUCAAUAGUCCCAAUUUUGUCAACCGAACAUUCGAGAUGGUUGAAGAGGACGAUCAUAGCGCCGAUGCAAAUGACAAAAUAUUCUUCCGUUCCGCUUACAGAAAGGGAAGUAGAAAUUCUUUAGAACUCAAUGUCGUCACCACCAGAAGCUCGAGCUACCAUUUGCCUAUAAUGCGAAAUAAAAUAAAUUUAUCAUCAAACUCAACCAUAUCUAAUAGCAUCGGUGUUGAAAUAUUAAAUCAAAAAAAGUUUUUUAUAGGACAAAUUGUGGCAAUCGACAAAAUGGAACACCAAAAAUUCGAUUCUGACGACGAAGAAUUAUUAAAGAUAUUUGCCAUAUUCUGUGGAUUGGUGUACGACAAAAGUAUUCUUUAUCUACAAAUGGCCGAUACAAACGCGAUGAAAUCGGUAGCACUAGAAGUUUUAUCGUAUCACGUGAGAACACCGGAAGAAGAUGUCGAAAAACUAAUGGCUGCUCAGAUCGGGACCGCCAAAAUGUAUAAGAUCGAUGAUAUCAUGUUUGACGAUUACAGUUUAGGCGAUAUGGAUAUGAUCAAAGCUGGCAUCAGAAUGUUCAUAGAUUCCAAAUUUAUCAAAGCAUUCAAAAUCAAUUAUCGAGUUUUAUGCAGAUGGUUUUUAACUACCCGUAAAAAUUACCGAAAAGUUUUGUAUCACAACUGGUGUCACGCGUUUAACGUAGCGCAAACGAUGUACUCAAUAAUGAAGAAUUCGACAAAAAUAUCGAAAGUUUUCACAAAACUGGAAUGGAUCGCCAUUAUAGUCGCGUGUUUUUCCCACGACUUGGAUCACAGGGGACUAAAUAAUUCCUAUCAAACUAAGACUCACUCUGCUCUUGAACAGCUGUACGGAAAUCAAGCUACGAUGGAAUAUCAUCAUUUUAACAUGGCAAUCAUGAUUUUACACACCGAGGGUCACAAUAUAUUUUCGGGCUUGGUUCCUGAGGAAUACAAGAAUGUUAUAUCCAAUCUCAAGAUCGGAAUAUUGGCCACGGAUUUGAACGUCCAUUUUAAGACGAGAGACAGAUUUUUCGAUCUCGCUACUAACGAUAAAUUUGACUGGCGUAAUAGCGAUCAUUUGGAGUUACUAUUAAGCAUGCUGAUGUCAGCGUGCGAUCUUUCCGCGUCUUUCAAGCAUUGGGAUACGCAGAGAAAAGCCGUCGAUUUAGUUACCGCCGAAUUUUAUACCCAAGGUGACUUGGAAAAACGCGUAUUAAAAAUUCAACCCAUUCCGGAAAUGGAUCGGGAAAAGAUCGAAGAUGUACCCAUAGUCCAAACUACCUGGUUGAAUAACGUUUGUUUGCCGCUCUACGAAAACUUGGCCAAGUUGGAUCCAUUCUUUGAUGUAAUAGUACAGAAGAUAAAAUCGAACAGAGAUACCUGGGUGGAGAAAAGGAAAAAUAGCCAAGAUAUAAAAAUGAAAGAUGAAAAUAUCUGAACACAAGACACGAUAUCUUUAAACUCAACAAUGCUCUUACUCAAUAUUUUUUUAUAUAAUAACGGCCAAGAAAAUAAUGCAAUUUUUUUUAUAUCGCAAUUAUAUAUUAUUUACAAUAUACCAAUCUUGGACAAUUAUAUUUA